CCUGCUUUAACUCUCCGAUCUUGCCUCAACUGCGAAGCUGUGGAAUACUGCAGCGUGGAAUGCCAGCUCACAGACUGGAUGGCCCACAGAAAUCUGUUUUGUGUCAACCCAAGCGCCCUUCCUCUCAACACUCUGGCAAAGCCUCACCGUGUGCCGUUUCUCAAGACACACAUCACCAACCCGUUUGCGCGCCUUGCAAAGGGCAUCUGGCUGCACGAUCGCCACAAACAAGACGUGUAUGCCCUCCUCAUCGACUCCUUCCGGCUCCGAGAGGCCGACGACUUCAACUACGGCGGCAUGACGAACAACGACAGCGUUUACAGCGGUCGUGUGAGUUCUUGCCCGGCGUUUCGUCGCUUCUUGUACCAAGCCGAAGCCAAGGGCUUGAUGCCCCCUUGGUGGUCUGACCAGAAGCGUGUCGAGUGCCUUACCAAGGGCAUCGACAAACGCCAGGACAACUACCACGACCUCCACGCCAUGACCCGGGACAUUGAGAUUGUGGUUGUGUACGAAGAUGCCAUCAUGACGAUGCAACUUCGGAUGUUUGCAGAGUCGGUUUUGGGAAAGGGAGCGGCGGGAUCGGAUGGGCGGCUGAUGCUGCAGAAGAUGGUGGUGGCGGAG